AUCUAUAAAUCUCACCUUCUUGGAUCAGAAAUCCACAUCAUCCUCAUUGUAAUCACCCAAAACCUGCUGCUCUCUCUCCCUCACUUUCCCACACACAAACUCUCAGAAACAGAGAAACCAACAAAAAAAUGUCAACACUGAAUCAUCUCUUUGAUCUCCCUGAGCAGAUUUGCUAUGUGGAAUGUGGUUUCUGCACUACCAUUUUACUGGUAAGUGUCCCAUGCAGCAGCUUGUCCAUGGUGGUGACAGUGAGAUGUGGGCACUGCUCAAGCCUUCUGUCGGUCAAUAUGAUGAAAGCCUCGUUUGUCCCACUCCAGCUCCUAGCUUCCCUUGGUCAUGACCAUGAUGAUGAGCCAAAAGAAGGAGCAGUUUGCGAAGAAGUGGCUGCCCCAAGGAAGACCGCCGCACACAGGCGAAGCCCAUCAUUGAUGACCUCUUCUGACAAUGAAGAAGAAGACAUAGUUCGAGUGAAUCCCACAGUCAACAAGCCUCCGGAGAAGAGGCAAAGAGCUCCAUCAGCUUACAACCGCUUCAUCAAAGAAGAGAUCAGGAGACUAAAAGCUCAAAAUCCCAACAUUCCACACAAAGAAGCCUUCAGCACUGCAGCAAAAAAUUGGGCCCACUUUCCUCCCAUGGACACCAAAGGAGACGGAGAGAGCUGUGGCCUGGAUGAAGGAGAGGCGUUAUGGAACUCUGAUGCUACCCAGACAACAACCUUUUCUCAAAUUGUCUGAUUCAACCAUCCAUUCUGAAAUAUCUCAGGGGCUCAAAUGUGAGUUCCCAUAUGGUAGAAUGGGAACAAGAUACUUGCAUUAAUUACACUGCGUUUAGUAAAUAUUGUGGAUGUGUAUACGAACUUGUUACUUGUAUACAUGCAUGAAUGCACUCUUGCAUGUGGCCUCUGCAGCCUUUCCAUGCUUAUCCUGCUUCCAUGCUGCAUCCAUAGGUACUUCAUGUUUCUCGUUUCGAUGGAAAAAAUAAGUAAGCAAUGCAGUAGUAUAAACGGUUCAUUACUCAAAGGCUCCCCAAUAUUGCUAAGGAGAUAUUGGCCUCGACUAACGGUAGUGAGAGCACAUAAAUAAGCCUCGAUCGAGCUGAUCAGUACAUGAAGAGAAGAGAAGUGAGACUUUAUAGACUGAUUGGUGAUCCAGAAGUUUUAGAUUAGGCUAUUAGAUGAGUUAACAUGAUUACCUACUUUUUCACUCCCAUCAAAUUUCUUGAGAUUGAAGGCUAGUCACUUUCUAGCAGUUCAACUACUACAUGUCGAAAAUUUAUUAGUUAACCUUUUGGGGGCACUUCAACAUACUGUUAAGACUUCUUUAGCUCCACUGUGUUUGCGGUAACUUUUGCCACAGAAAUGGGAGCAUGACUUUCUGUUGUGACAAAUUUUCAGGUUCACAUACAAGGCAAUGCUUUCCGUGAAAGAAAAGCCGCAAGGAGUUCCAUAUGGGCCAAGACACCGUUUGAGAGAAGACGCCCUUGAUAUAGAUUUCUACUAGUCUGCUUCUCCUUUAACUCCUAAUUUAUGGUUAGGCCAUCGCUAGGUUUUAAACCAUUUGCCCUUCUUUUUUUUAUUUGCCGGGGAAUGAGGUCAGAGCACUCACUGACUGACUUAAAACAACAACUUGAGUAAUUUUUAGACAGAUUCGUAGUUUACUACUACUUCUGCAUGGGUUUUUA